AUGACUAUGCCAAGGUUUCAACCAGAGAAUGUCGAGCAUAAGAACAAGUUGUACGAGCAAGUUAAUAUAAUAGCAACAAGGAAGGGAUACACUAUACCACAGCUAGCAUUGUCCUGGGUCCAUCACCAAGGGGAUGAUGUUUCUCCCAUACUUGGCACCACCAAGAUCAAAAACUUCAAUCAGAAUGUCGGAGCUUUAUCUAUAAAACUAACACCCGAUGAAAUGGCUGAGCUUGAGUCUAUUGAUACGGCUGAUGCGGUGAAGGGUGAGAGUUAUUCAUCUUCACACAUGGCUUUCACUUGGAGAUUUGCAAAUACUCCUCCUCUGUCCUCUUGGAAAGCUAAAUGA